AUGUCGCCAGGUGACUUCAUUGUACCAAAAAGCUCUUCAGAUGACAAUAGUCUUCCACUGCUAAUCAAACCGGAACCUGUUGGUUCAUUGGAAGCCAAUGCACAGUAUAAUAUCGACUCGUGUCGCAACAAUUCUCGAACACCCAGUUUCACAGCUACUCAUGACGCUAGCCAUGUGAACAACUUUGUAAACCAAGUGUCAGUCGUUCGUGAAAAUACUCGCCUAGUUGGCGCUGACUCCAGAUGUCAAAACCAGUUGACAAUCGAAGAGGAAGAGAAAACAAAUUAUUCACAUCACUUCCAGGUGAUUUAG